UGGCUGAACAAUUCAUUUCGGGUGACAAUUUAAGCACCAAUUAGGGCUAAUGUUAAUGGUGUUACUUCAAUUACACGAACACUCCGCAACAUUAAACAUUUAGAACAUUUCGGGAUUUAGAAGUAAUUAAUCGACACAGCGGCAGCUUCGUACCUUCGCAAUGAAUUUGUCCAUUUUCUAUCUAACGAAUAGGGGACGAACCGUAAGCAUUACGCUUACUGAAAAAAAGAGAAUUAUAGGAAGUUCAACAUAAAACACAUAAUGGGAUGUGUACGUACGGAAGGAUCCCCAUCGUUCUGGUUCGUUGCACUUCCGGUUCCGAUCGCUGCGAACCCCGCGAAAGGGUGCAGUCCGUUCGGGUUCAAUUAUUUUCAAACGGAAGGGGUCAAACGGGGGCCCCAGCGAUAUGUUGAGUUUAGAGUGUGAAAGUUUCUUUCUCCGUCGACCAUUUUCCACCUGUGCGAGGGAUGAAAAGUGAACCGUGUAUUGCCCGUACCGUACCACAUGUUUGGCAAAGACCAGUUGGCCUAAAGGUCGCUCGUUGCAGCGAGGGUAGUGAGUUAUUGCAAUUGGGUGUUAAUUUUCAUGUUGCUCACGUGAAUUACGAUGACCCUGUCCCGACGAGGACUUCUCGGUUCGAAAACGGAACUGCUUUGCAUUGUGUGUAAUUGAAUGAAAAUUUAAAGUAAAAACUCAAUUAAAUGCAUCUCACAGGGGGUCCACUCUGUCUUCGCACCGAAUGCCGUAGAGUCCGUCAAACUAGAACGGGAUAAGAAUAACGGGAUGGUCCUUUAAAGUAAUUACCAUCGAGCGGCUUAGCUAACGCCAGUGAUGUCAAACUCGUUCUGGUUAGCAAACCGUAUGUUUGACAUGUCUGGUCUUCCGGAUGUUACAGGAUGGAUCACCAAUUUGGUUCGAGAAGAGCACAGCUUUCAAAAUGCUCCCCUGUUGAGCUUUUCAAACAAACGGGGCCAAGAGUACCAUGCUUUGCCAGCUUUGCCAGCUUUGCCAAAUGAAAAGUGAGUUGAAGAAAGUUUCCAACCGGUUGGUGCUGACUGUUAAUCGCAGAUAGGUGACGUUUAGGGCCUUUACAUUAGAACUGCCUCAAAUAGUAUUUGCUACCCGGACGAUUGCCGAAUCGCGAUAAUCACCUCGAAAUCGAGGGUUUGUGUCGCUCUGCCUAUCUACUGGUAAGCUUCUGGCGCAUAGGAGAAAUUCCAUUUCCUGCAUUAGCUUGCACAUCUGACAUGUCCGCCACGAUUGGGUUCAUGAAAAUCUGAUUUCGCUGCUCACAAAUAGCGCAAGUCGAUCUUUCCGCACACAUGAGGGUCCAAAAUCGCUCCGAAAUCCUUCCGUUAAAAUGAUGCUUCUCUGAGUGUCCUAAGGGUUUCGCUCAGGCAACCUCUGACUUUUCUCAUCCAACGUUCCGUGCAACUUUUAUAUUCUGAAACGAGAGCAGUUGUGAGAUUUUUCACACUCCAUUUACACGUACCGCACGCGCGAAUCCCAGGGGUACACGGCGCGAUAGUAUCCACAGUAUUUAUUGCCUAACAUGCUUUACAACAGAGCCGGAACCGGGUUUACAACGCUUUGCAUCGCUUCCUACGACCACCGCUCACUUGCCGCUCGUCCAUCCUCGUUCACGUUCCUGCGUCAGCGUGAAAUCGUAACGGUUCGGAUUGACCGCACUGAUGGCGUGCUGCUUGACCUCGGGGAAAAAAUCCCAACCUUCGUCGACCGACUGCUUCUUGAGGGCACCGGCCACGCUAAAGAUCAAACCGGCUACCAGUCCACCGACAACGUUUCGCUUCCAGGCACCAUACACACCGCCAGCCGCAAACGCACCGGCAACAUAGUUCCAGCCAUCAUCCCGGCCGCGCAGUUUGUUGGCAGCGUACGCUCCGACAGUGAAGGCCGAUGCCAUACCGACGAACGGGCCGGUGAAAUACACGUAUCGGGCAAUGGUGGGCAGGUAGCCCUUCGGUUUCGAUACCAUCAUCACCUCGACCGUGGACCAUCCGAGACCACCGGCCAGUGCGUACUUGUUCGUGGCGAUCAUCUUGCCGAAGAGGUCAUCCCCCUCCGGCUUGUCGUAGUAAUUGGCCUUUAAGCUCAUGUUUGCCUGAAACGGAACCAGUGCGCAAUGAACGAAACGGAGCGAGGAAAUAUUUUAAUUGACAAAUUUGUAGCUAAACUGCUUCAAAACAAGCUCUAACGGGUGUAAGUUGAUUUUAUGUCGGCUCAUUAUCCGGAGCUGCAAAAUCAAAACAAAACACACAAUCAGCGCGAACUACUCCGAUUCUCACGGUGAAAUCGAUCCUUUUCGCACUUUUACCUAUCCGCAACUGUAUAAGGUAUCUUUAGCUAAACAUUUAAAGCAGAAAAGCUACAAAUUUGCCAUAAUUUAGGAUGAAAACUUACGGAUUUUCUUGAGCAAAAGGCGAAUUUUACGUAACUUCAACCCCAAACGACGUUCCUCCAGAAGUCGCAAAGCAACGCGAAAUGUCAAACUCAGCUGUCAAACAGGGUGCCUGGUGACGGUGACAUUUCUCGGAGAAAUGUUUCCCCUUGACUGUGUGUGCUUGUGGUUCACGUACGCAGCCUAUUGCUUUUUUUAUUUCCAAUUGAAAGUUUAAUUUCUGCAAAUGUUCCUGUUAUUUAUAAGAUUUAGAAAAAAAAUUUUAUUUUGCAUAUUCUAAUGCAGUUUAUUGUAUUAAUAACCAUAUCUCACACACCGGGUGGUAUAGAUUUUCCCGCCUCUCGCUUGAUUAUGUCAGCAUGUCAAAAUCUGGCAAACAGCACAACAGCAGUAAAUAAGAAUCAGCUGAUUAGGAAGGUUGUUUUGUUUGUUUUUAUCAAAAUAAUGCGUCUUUUUCGGCGGUUGGAGAGUUAGGGCUUGUUUUACCGUUAGUUACAGAACCGCUUUGCAGUAAAAUUUCGUUUAAUAAAAAGUGUAAACAGCGUGUACAGUGACAAGACGAACCCCGCCUUGCCUUUUCGGGUGCAAGGUGCACCCAUGAUGAAUUGCGUGAUAUUAAAUGCAAUCCGCAACGCUCAGGCAGGAAGAAGUGCAGCUGCCUACCGCUUUUGCUCCAGCACAACUGGAUCCGAUGCAACGGUGAACAAGGACACCAGCAUACCUGAGCUUCCACCCGAACCCACCACAUGCUGCAUGUCCGGAUGCCAGAAUUGUGUAUGGAUUCAGUACGCUGCAGAUCUAACCAAGAUGCUCGACGAUGGCGGCGAAAAGGCACGCGAAAUUGUGCUGCAAAAAAUCUCCGAUCCUAGCUUAAAAAUGUUUCUAAAACUGGAGCUACAAAACAUACAAUCGACGAAGCCGGAAGACCCUACGUGAUGCAUAAAUUCGGGUGUUCAAAAUAAGUCUUAGUGCUGUAGUUUAGUAUAUCGAAGCUGAAGAGGAAGAAAACUGCAAUAAAAAGUUUACAUUUCUAAUCAACA